AUGACUUUCUCAAACGACAAAGACAAGGAGACAAGCGCCGGGGUGUUAGAGACCAUAGGGCUGAAGUCCGAAGGUCCCCGGGAUGUGCAGGAAGGUGUGAUGGCAUCAAAUGUCGACAACCUCCAGCGUCAUCUUGGAAACCGUCAAAUCCAGCUCAUAGCAAUUGGCGGUUCUAUCGGAACUGCCCUCUUCGUGAGCAUUGGUUCUGGUCUCUACCACGGCGGUCCCGGAAGCUUGUUCCUCGCCUUCACGGUUCAGAGUAUCUUCUUGGCCAUGGUUAACAACUGUCUUGCUGAGAUGACUACCGCUUUCCCUGUUAGCGGUGGUUUUAUUCGCUUGGCUGGAAAAUGGGUAGACGAUGCUCUUGGCUUUAUGGUCGGCUGGAACUUUUUCUUCUACGAGGCUCUUUUGAUUCCAUUUGAAAUUUCGGCCUUUACACUGGUGCUGUCAUUCUGGAGUGAUGUGAUCACGGAACCUGGCCCAGUUGCUGGUAUCUGUGCUGGAGUUAUUAUUUGCUAUGGGUGUCUUAACAUCCUUGCUGUCAAGGCGUAUGGUGAAGCUGAAUUCUGGCUAUCAGGCGGCAAGGUCAUCCUGAUCUUCUCUCUAUUCUUCUUCACCUUCAUCACAAUGGUCGGUGGAAACCCACAGCAUGAUGCAUACGGCUUCCGUAACUGGAACAAUCCAGGAUCAUUCAUGGAAUACCUGGACACCGGCGCUCUCGGCCGCUUUGAAGGUUUCCUAGGAUCUCUGUGGUCAGCUUGCUUCGCUGUCGUGGGCCCCGAGUACAUUUCGAUGGUCGCUGCCGAAGCCAAGCGCCCUCGAAUUUACAUCAAGAACGCUUUCAAGACCGUCUAUAUCCGAUUCGGUCUUUUCUUCAUCGGUGGUGCCUUGGCUGUCGGUAUUAUCUGUUCUGCAAGAGACCCAGCUCUGGUUGAGGUUGUGACAGGCGGUUCUUCCGGUUCGGCUGCUGCAUCCCCAUAUGUCAUUGGCAUGCGCAACAUGGGCAUUAAGAUUUUCCCUUCCAUUGUGAAUGCACUCUUGCUCACUUCCAUUUUCUCCGCUGGUAAUACUUACACCUACUGCGCUAUCCGUACUCUCUACGGUCUAGCCCUUGACGGAAGAGCCCCAAGAAUCCUCACUCACACCACGCGCAAUGGUGUCCCAAUCUACUGCUUCUUCAUCGUGAUGAUCUUCCCAAUGCUUUCCUUCCUCCAAUGUUCCAGCAGCUCCUCCAUCGUCAUCACGUGGUUCGCCAACCUGGUCACUGCCGGAGGACUAAUCAACUACAUCACCAUCACAUUAACAUACAUCUUCUUCCACCGCGCCUGCAAAGCCCAAGGCCUAGACCGCAGAUCCUUCUCCUACUUCGCAUGGUUCCAACCCUACACCGCAUACAUCGCCUUCGUCUGGAUGAUCAUCGUGACAUGCGUCUACGGCUAUCCAGCCUACAAGCCCUGGUCCGUUUCAACCUUCUGGUCAGACUAUACCAUGCAGAUCGUUAUCCCCCCUCUCUUCCUCAUCUGGAAGGUCAUCAAGAAGACAAAGUUCGUUAAGGCCCACGAAGCCGACCUUGUCUGGGAGAGACCCCUUCUCGAUGCUUAUGAGGAUAGUUUCCUUGACCCGCCGACUGGGUUCUGGAGAGAGGUUCUUCAGAUGGUUGGUAUUGGUCGUGUUAAGGGUGGGAAUGAUAAAAGGAAGCUUUCUGUUGCUAAUCCUUCUCAUUCUUAUUCCCAUGGAAGCGAAGAGGGAUCGAGCGCCUAA